GGGCCGGGCGGCCAGGCCGGGCGGGGCCGACCCGGGGCGGGGCGCUGUGCCGCAGCUGGAUGGCCGGGGCCGUCCGGAGCGCCUCCGCCGCCGUCGCCGCCGCACGCACGUGGCAUGCCUGGAUGUCCCUGCCCUGGUUGUGGCAUGGCGGGACAGAGGCUCCUCUUCCUCGCUGCUCUUGCCCUGGAGCUCCUGGGAGGAGCUGGGGGUUCCCAGCAGGCCUUCCGGAGCCGGGGGGUGGCAGCGGCCUGUCGCCUGGACAAUAAGGAAAGCGAGUCCUGGGGGGCCCUGCUGAGCGGAGAGAGGCUGGACACGUGGAUCUGCUCCCUCCUGGGCUCACUCAUGGUGGGGCUCAGCGGGGUCUUCCCAUUGCUCGUCAUUCCCUUGGAGAUGGGGACCACGCUGCGCUCAGAAGCUGGGGCCCGGCGCCUGAAGCAGCUGCUCAGCUUUGCCCUGGGGGGACUCCUGGGCAAUGUGUUUCUCCACCUGCUGCCCGAGGCGUGGGCCUACACGUACAGUGCCAGCCCUGGUGGUGAGGGGCAGAGCCUGCAGCAGCAACAGCAACUGGGACUGUGGGUCAUUGCUGGCUUCCUGACCUUCCUGGCGCUGGAGAAGAUGUUCUUGGACAGCAAGGAGAAGGAGGAGACUAGCCAGGCCCCCAGCAAAGACCCUGCAGCUGCGGCCGCGCUCAGUGGAGGCCACCAUCUGGCCCAGCCAGCUGCAGGGCCCGGCCUGAGCGCCGUGGUCCGGAGCAUCAAAGUCAGUGGCUAUCUCAACCUGCUGGCCAACACCAUAGACAACUUCACCCACGGGCUGGCUGUGGCUGCCAGCUUCCUUGUGAGCAAGAAGAUCGGGCUCCUGACCACCAUGGCCAUCCUCCUGCAUGAGAUCCCCCAUGAGGUGGGCGACUUUGCCAUCCUGCUCCGGGCCGGCUUUGACCGAUGGAGCGCAGCCAAGCUGCAGCUCUCGACGGCCUUGGGGGGCCUGCUAGGCGCCUGCUUCGCCAUCUGUACGCAGUCCCCCAAGGGAGUAGAGGAGACUGUGGCCUGGAUCCUGCCCUUCACCUCUGGCGGCUUUCUCUACAUCGCCCUGGUGAACGUGCUGCCCGACCUCUUGGAGGAAGAUGACCCAUGGCGCUCCCUGCAGCAGGUGCUUCUGCUCUGCACGGGCAUUGUGGUGAUGGUGCUGUUCUCGCUCUUCGUCGAGUAACUGUCCCUGACGCCCCACCCCCUGCACAGCAAUAAGAGACUCAGAUCGACUCUGUGACCGUGUGUGUGUGUGUGUGUGAGGCAGAGAGCGAGCGAGUCCUCCGACCUGACAAGAGGACGGGGUGUGUGUGUGGUGUGCACACGUGACCGUGUGCAAGACCGACACUGUGAUCCCUCGUGUGCUGGGCCCAGGGCCCGGUGCCCACGCCUGCCCCCAGGCACACUGUGGUCUUCUCUCCUUGCCACCCUGUCAUCUUGCACCUCCUGGAGUCGGCAGUGAGGAACAGGAACACUGGUCCCAAGCAGAGGCCUCUGCCCACCAGGACGCCAGGAGGAGUGAGAGCAGCCCAAGGAGGCCAGGGCUGCAGGGAGCCCCAAAGCUGUCUCCUGCUGGGGCCUCAUGGGUCCCUGGCCUGAGGGAGUAAACCUCUCUGCACACGCACCCAGCCCUGGGCAGCCAGGAAGCGAGGCUGGGGCGCCUCCUCUCUGCUGUGUCCAGUGUUCUGGCCGUUCCUUCACCAGCUCCAAGGCCAAAGAAAGGAGAGGCAGGUGCUCGUGUAGCCCCCAGCCCCACUCAGCACUGACAGUCCUACCCCUCCCAGCAUGGAGCCGGGAGAUGCUUUCUAAGACCUUUUCCCCGUGGCUGCUUGCCCUGGCCCAGCUCCUGUUCCCCCAGGGAAUGCUCCCUGGCAACGCCAGCGGCUCUGCCACCUCCACUGCCAAACAGCAGCCAGCAGGGCAGCGAGCAGCCCUGGGCCAGAGGCUUCCCAGUCGGCUCAGGGAUGCUUGUGCCAGCACAGGGUCCAGGCAGACACUCUGGGGGCAGGAAGAGAGUGAGCAGUGGCUGCCUGCCCCUGCCCCUGGCUUGGGUCCCUUUUCCUGUCCCACUGUGGGUGGGGUUAGGCGGGGGUGGCGAGGGCUCCACGUUGUCAGCACUCAGGAAUGUGCUCUGGGGAUGCUGAAGCCAUAAUCCCCAGCUAUUUCCCUUGGCUGACACCCAGGUACUCAGCUGGCCCACUCCACAACCAGGCUCCAGCCCUGCUGCUUGACCGUGGGCGUCUUGAGACGUAGCCAUCAAGAGAGUCUGAAUGGUUUUACGGCAGUUUUGCUGUGGUUCCAUUUGUAUCUGUAAAUACCUGUUCUAUAGAUGAGAUGCAAAUAAAUAUACACAAACUGGC